GGGAUUACAAUUGUGUUAAUUGCAAAUUUUUGGAUUAUAAUCGGAGAAACUGUUGCGAUAAAAAACUGCAAAGAUUUGACAGGACUUGUGAAACAAAUCAACCCGAUUUGUUUUCAUACUAUAGGAUUGUUCAAAUGUAUCUGCAUAUUUACGAAUAUUGACGGCAUUAAUGAGUUAAUUAGUCAAAGUUUGUGCUGCGAUAGACUGCUCUUGAAAUUAAGUCGAAAAAAAACAGAACUUGAUGAAUACAAAAAAAUAAUGACGAAUUUUUCCCGGCAAAUAAAAAAACUUUCAUACACAUGGCUGUUUUUUCUGAUGUCGACAAUGUUUGAGUGGUUUUUAGUCCCACUGUUUCACCUCGUUUACAUUCUGGCGUAUCAAAAGGACCAAAUUGGUCCAUCUUUAUUUGAAGAUCAUAAAAUAACUAUGAUUUCACUGCCGUGGAAAAUUAAUAAUUUGCUAAAGUAUUUUUUGACUUUUGGAUUUCAUUUAACCAACGGAGUAUUUUCCACUUUGGAACUUUGGUUCAGCGACAUGCUACAUGUUUUUUUUUUGAUUAACAUCUGCGUUAAUUUAAAAUACUUCAACAGGAUAAUGAAGAAGAAGAAUUUUCCUAUUAAAAAUUUGAAGGAGUUUUUAAUAAUCCACCGAGAAAAUUUUGAGCUUGCUGAAAAAAUAAAAGUGAUUUUCAGUAAUUUAUUGCUUAUUACCUGUCUUGAAUGUAUGACUGCUUUGUGCCUGGUAUCGGUUGAGACAUCAACAUUUAAAGUUAAUUUGAGCUUUCAGUCAAUUUUCAGGCUAAUCAGCCUUGUGAAGUACUGGAUUGGUACAUCCAUUGAAUUAUUCAUUUUUUGUUACUUGGCGACAGUAAUUGACACUCUGGUAAAAUAAUUAAAUUAUUCAUUUAUUUGU